CUUGGCUUUGAGCCAGAGCAGAACAAGUCGAGGAUGAGCCCUGGCCAAGGUCUGAAAGGGGAUCCUGAGCCCAGACUCUCGGUCUCUCCCACAGGCAGCAGCGGGGGUGAGUGGGACUUCAAAUGGGUUUCUCUUUCGCUUCCUGCUGCCUCGUGGUACUUCCUCCUUUGACGAACUCCUCCCAAUCUGAGCCCUUUCUGACAGCCAACCACCUGGGUCUCCUGGGGGAGGGGGACCUAGCUGGCCAAUCACCGGGCAAAGGGAACCCUUGCCAAUGACUUCCUUCUUCAGGCCCCGGGGUGCCCCGAACUGGAGGGGAGCUCGCUCUCCCUCUUCCAGCCAAUGUCUGUUCUCUGGCUUCAGAAGCCAUGAAGGAGCCGGACCCAGGAGCCCCUGGGCAGGAGGCAGCCCUGGAGCUCUUCCAAGACUACAUCACUUACUACCGAGCAGGAGGCCGGGAUGGGCGCCUGGGGGCCUGCAGGCUGCCAGCUGUAACCCAGAAGGCUAGGCAGCUCCUGGCCUCGGGGGUCAGGCAGCCCCGUGGACUUUGCUUGUAUAAGGAGAAGGCUGUCGCUGGGGGCUCCUCCUGGGGCCUUCUGGGCCAGGGAGAAGAUGUAUGUCCAAAGUUGGUGCCAGCAUUGGAAUUCCUGGAACUCAUAUGUGUCAACCUCUUUCUCCUUCCUUGGAGGAGAGAAAUAAAGUCAUUGAAGACAUUUACCGGUAAUUUUGUCUACUCAGUUCGGUCCGUGCUUCCAGAAAACACCGUGGAAAUGAUCCUGAAGAAAAUAGGUUAUGUUGCCAUAACAGCCACCGAAUUUUCACUUGUCAGAAAGAUAAAUGCGGGGGAAGCAAUGCAGACAGCAUUUGAAAUCUUCCUCACCAGAGUCGAAUGUGAAGCCAUCCUUGAGAUGUCUCCUGGGUCGGGUCUCAGGGAGGAGGUGGGCACCCUUCUACAGGGUACCUGGCCACCUAGGCCUCCAGAAUACCGGAAAGACACGGACACUCAUCCCAGCCAGGUGUCCAAGAGCCUGGACAAGGGGGACAUAGAAAAUGGACUUUCCAGCCUGAGAAAUGCACAGAACCAAGCAGGCAGGGGCCAGCUUGAAAGCCCGUGGAGUAGGAGAACAGAUGAUGGUCAUCAUUUGAAAUUAGACCUAAGUCUGCCCAGGGGAGCAUCUCCCACAGAGGUCCUGACCCGUGAGCAGGAAGUGGUCCAAGAUGUUAGCAAGUGUUCAGACAGUGAGGAGUUCCUGAACUGCUAUAGGGACAUCUUCAUUGGCCAGGUGCCCAUUUUCCCCAAGGACCUUCCUCCGAGCAGCCAGAGAAAGUCCCAGGCCCAAGGUGCUUGUGCUGCCCAAGGUGUCUUGGUCUCCAGCAAAGCUGUUGUGUCCCGAGUCGCCUCUGUUCCGCCCCCUCUGGCAUCUAGUGGCCCCCAGGCCCUAACAGUCUUUACAGAUCCAACAUCUGACCACAGUAAGGUCCCUGGCCCACAGGUAAAGCCAAGGCCAGAAGCAGUAGCUGAUGUAGGAGUCCUUGGCUGUCCUGCUAGCCCCAUCCAUCCAGACACAGCUCCAGAGUCCCAGCCUCCCAACAUGGCGCUCGCCCUCUGUGACAAUGCUCCAUGGGGAGACGACUGGUCCAGUGAGGAUGAGCUUGAUGACCUUUCGUCCUCCUUCAGCAGACUCCAGAUUAAAGCUCACAGUACCGAAAGCCUCGAAUAUCCCACUGAAGAGACCUUGAAGGUCAACAAUGGUCAGGAUGUUGGAAGCCCCAACCAUUCUCAGGGAGGAUGCCAGUGUCUUGAUGUAGCUAGUAAAACAGCUCCCAACCCCCAGCUGUCCUCAGAACUGGUGUGUGGACCCCCGGACAGCAGCUGUUGUGAAAGCAGGAGGCGGCAGCAGCAGCUUCCGGGGGCCAGUCCGUCCUUCCGGCAUGUCCGGGAGCCUCCAAAUGCUACCUACAUUCCUCCCUCAAGUCUGGAAGAACGACCUCCCAAUAUUACCAUCAGCACACACCAUCAGGUGGACUCCUGAUAGCUGGCUUGAACCCUCUGGGCAGCCAGGCUUUGCCUCUGUCAGGAAAGAGAACCAACGUUUCUGGAAAUACAGGUUAGGCAAGGUAUUUAUGCUCCCUGCUUGAUUUUCUGAAUGGGGCAGGUCCAAGGGCUCUAGACCGAGGAAGAGCGAAGUAAGGAGGAUAGACACAGCCUGUCCUUCCCAUUCUGUCACCCAGGCAUUCCAUCUUACUCCUGCAAGAGCCUGUGCUCCAUCAUCAGGCAAGAAGAUGGGAAAGCGGCGAUCUGGAAGAGUACAAAGAAUUCAAGAUCCAGAGUCAGAAGACCCGAGUUCAGAUCCCAACCCUACCAUUCACUGUGACCUGAGACAAAUCUCAGUCCAUCUCUGCACCUCAGUUUCCUCAGCUACAUGCAAAACUAGAACAGCAGACUGAGGCUCAUUUCAAUACUGACACUUUCUGUUUUUAACACUGGGAGGCAGUUGGGUGCCUCAGUGGGUAGAGACCCAGGCCUAGGGAUGGGAAAUCCUGAGUUUAAAUCUGAUAUCAAACCCUUCCUAGCUGUGUGACCCUGGGCAAGUCACUUAACACCCCAUUGCCUACCUCUUACAACUUUUCUGCCUUAAAACCAAUACACAGAGGGCAGCUGGGUGGCUCAGUGGAUUGAGAGCCAGGCAUAGAGAUGGAAGGUCGUAGUUUCAAACCUGGCCUCUGACACUUCCUAGCUAUGUGACCCUGGGUAAGUCACUUAACCCCCAUUGCCUAGCCCUUACCACCCUUCUGCCUUAGAACCAUUACAUGAUAUUAAUUCUAAGACAGAAGGUAAGGGUUUAAAAAAUAAAACCCAAUAAACAGUAUUGAUUCUUAGAUGGAAGGUCAGGGUUUUUAAAAAAAGAAUUCAGUGUUCUAAGAUCUCUUCCAAGCGAUGUUCUGUGUUGUCAUUCUAUGUUCUGAGAUCUCUUCCAGGUCUGAUGUUCUAUGUUUUAUCAUUCUACGUCCUCAGACUCCUUCAAGUUCUGACAUUCAAACUUCUAAAGUAUCUUUCUGUUAAGAUAAGAAGGAGAGUGACAGAAGUGAGAGAGUCCAGAUUUCUCAGAUACUCCAGAGAUAUUUCACCACCGUAAUGGGACAGUGGGAGUGGGUUACCCCAGAAAGGCCUGGGAAUGGAACACUCUGGAACACUUGGCUGUCAUGGACCAGCCAUGUAGCUGUAGGAAGAUCAUCCUAUUUCCCUAAGUGCUGCUCCUCUUCCCUCCCAGAAGAGCUGUGAAGCUAUGAUAAACAUCAGGGAGCUGCGCAUUAUUGUAGAGCCUUCAUGACCCUGGCUCACUUGCUGCCCCUGCCUUCCCCUAGCCUGUUGUUCAGUCGUCUUAGUUGUGUCUGACUCUUCAUGACCUCAUUUGGGGGUCUUCUUAGCAAAGACCGUGGAGUGCUUUGCCAUUUCCUUCUCCAGAUCAUUUUACAGAGAAGGAAACUGAGGUAAAAAGGGUAAAGUGACUUCUUCAAGGUCACACAGCUAAUAAAUCUCUUAAGACUGGAUUUGAACUCAAGAAAAUGAGUCUUCCUGAUUCCAACCAAGCCCAGUGCCUUAUCCUCUACACCAAUUGAUUAUCCCAAUAUAUGAAUAGGAUUAGAUAAACAUUAGGAAGCUGGCAUUAUUGUGGCCCUCCAUGACUCUUGCUUAAUUUCUGCUCCUCUAUUCCCCCACCUGGGGAAGGGGUGAUUCCUCUGCCAUCUCUAAGCAACAAGAAACCCUGACUUCAGAGUCAAACAACUAGGUUUGGAGCCUGGCUUCCUAACCAGCAACAACUAUGGACAUCACUUUCCUUCCCGUGCCUCAGUUUCCUCAAAUAUAAAAUCAGGGAGUUGUAAAUGGCAACUAACAUCCCUUCCAGUUCUAAGUUUUUGGUCCUAUGAAUUCUGUUGCAUAGUCUGAGGUUAGUCUUGGUAUUAGUUAGCACAAGAGUCCCAAGAUUAGUGGGAUUUUAAUGUGGCAUCAUCACUAUUUUUUUUAAACCCUUCCCUUCCACCUUAGAAUCAAUACUAUGUCUUGGUUCUAAGGCAGAAGAGCUGUAAGGGCUAGGCAAUGGGGGUUAAGUGACUUGCCCAGGGUCACACAGCUACGAAGUAUCUGAGGCCAGACCUGACUCUCAAUCCACUGAGCUACCCAGCUUCCCCCCUCCCACCCCAUCAUCACUCUUAAGACUGGUUCUCCUGGGAUCCAGACUCCCAGUAGCUGGAAUUUUGUCUUUAAGUUCUUAUCUCCUGGUGUCUGAAUCCUGAACCUUCACACUGCAGGUCUAGACCUCAUGACAUCUUCUGUGUAACCACAAUAUCAGUGGUCUGUCACUUAGCUUUUGUUGUUGUUCAGUCAUCUUCAGUUGUAUCUGAGUCUUUGUGACUGUUUGGAGUUUUCUUGGCAAAGAUACUGGAGUGGUUUGCCAUUUCCUUCUCCAGCUCAUUUUACAGAUGAGUAAACUGAGGCAAAAGAGGUGAAGUGACUUGUCUAGGGUCACACAGCUGAGAUCCUGGAGUGAUUUGCCAUUUCUUUCUCCAACUCAUUUUACAGAUGAGUAAACUGAGACAAACAAGGUGAAAUGACUUGUCCAGGGUUACACAGCUAGUAAAUAUCAGAAGUCGUAUUUGAACUCAUGAAGAUGAGUCUUCCUGAUUCCAGUGCUCUAUCCAUUGCACAACCUAGCUGCCCUGAACUGUUAUCCUAACCUCCAAAUUGUUCUUGCUUCCCAUCCCUCCCCAAUCCAACCUCCACACAAUGUAUCCAAGUAUCUUCCUAAAGCACAGAGUCAUUCUCCAGCUAAAAAGUUUCCAGUGGAACCUCUUGCCUCAGUAUCUCCACAUUCUGGCUCCUGCCUAGCUGAUGCAGCAAGGGACCACUAAAGGGAGAUAAGAGGUGGCAACUGCCAGACAAGCCAAACCACCAUGGCCAACGCCACGUCCUUUCGGAUCUCAGCGGGGUCAGUCCAGGUCCCUGAACCCAAGAGCUCCAGAACUAGUAAUGAAUCCAUCACCACCUCAAGAUCACCAGUCCCAACUCCAACCCCAUCCCUGAAGCUGCCAUGCACCCUUAUGGAGAAAUGCUCUAGCUACUGAUCUGGAAAGGAAAAUUCAGACCACCAAAGUCCUUGGCACAGUCAAAUGAUUCAACAUGCUACAGUGGAUAGAGAACCAAGCCCAGAGAUAGAUGGUAGGUCCCGAGUUCAAAUCUGCCCUCAGAUGCUUCCUCACUGUGUGACUCUGGGCAAGUCAUUUGGCCCCAGUUGCCUCACCCAUACUAAUAUUUAGUAUUGAUUCUAAAACAGAAGAUAAGGAUUUAAGAGGGGAAAAGUGAAUCUGGUUUAUCAGUGGAAAAACACCAUCAAUGUAUCACUAUUAUCUCCUUUGUGUCUGUGGCCACAUGGUCUUUCCACCUGAUUGGCAGCUGCAAUGUUCCCUGCGUGUUAUAUCCCCAUUAGAAUGUAAGUGCUCGAGGGCAGGCAGGGACUGGUUUGCUUUUUUCCUCUUUGCAUUCCCAGCAUUUGGUCCAAUGCUUGGUCACACAGUAAGCACCAGAAAUGCUUUUGCAUCCAUUCAUUCACAAACCCACUGUGUGGCCGUAGACAAGUCACAUCUCCCCUUUGGGGGCUGCAGUUUCCUCUUGUAAAAUGAGGCAGUUAGGGGGCAGCUGGGUAGUUCAGUGGAUUGAGAGCCAGGCCUAGAGACGGGAGGUCCUAGGUUCAAAUCUGGCCUCAGACACUUCCUAGCUGUGUGACCCUGGGCAAGUCACUUGACCCCCAUUGCCUAGCCCUUACCACUCUUCUGCCUUGGAGCCAAUACACAGUAUUGACUCCAAGACGGAAGGUGAGGGUUUAAAAAAAAUGAGACAGUUAAAUCAGAAUCUAGCUCUGUUACUGAUCCUAAGCAGCUCUGAAUUCAGAAAUGUCCCAAAAUAUGUUGGUCAAUUGGCCUCAUCCAGUUAAACCAAUGAAUUUGUAUUCAUGAAGGGUCUACUUGUCUUUUAAAAGGGGGAUGGGGAGGAGAGAGCUGCUGGGGCACAGUGCUAAGCACCUUUCAAUUAUUUUCUUAUUUGAUCCUCAUAACCAUCGUGGGAGGUAAGGGGUCAUUUUUCAGAUGAGGGAAACUGAGGCAGAGGUCAAGUGAUUUGCCCAGGGUCACACAGACUAAGAUCUGCGAUGGGAUUUUAACUCAGGCCUUUCUGACUAGGUCCAGCUCUAAAAUCAAGUGUGAUACCUAGUUCCUUGUCCUUUGUAAGCUUCUCUGCAGAACAGGAAAUCAAGAACAACUGUAAUAGCAAUAAUAAUAGCAUUUAUAUAGCACUUCAAGGUUUGCAGAGAACUUUAUGAAUAUGAUCUCAUUUGGUCUUCACAACAAUUUUGAUUGGGGGAAAGAGUAGGUGCUGUUAUUCCCAUUUUACAGAUAGGGAAACUGGGACAGAAGUUAAGUGAUCUGUCCAGUUACACAGCUAGUGAGUAUCUAAGACAGGAUUUGAAUUCAGGUUUUCCUGACUUUAUGUCUACUGUUAUAGUCAAUAAGAAGUCUUGGGUCCAGGGUUCUAGGGAAGUUUUCUAAUCAUUUUUUAAAACCCUUACCUUCUAUUCUAGUCAAUUCUAAGUUCCAAGGCAGAAGAGCAGUAAGGGCUAGGCACUGGGGGUUAAGUGACUUGCCCAGGGUCACCCAGCUAGGAAGUAUCAGAAACCACAUUUGAACCCAGGUCCUCGUGACUACACACAUGGCGUUCUAUCCACUGAGCCCCCUAGCUGCUACUACUAACAACUUUUUAGGGGAGUCUAGUCCUAUGAUUUCACUGGUAUAGGUGCUUUGCUCUGCCUCUAUGUGGAAUCCAGGGUCUCCCAGUCAGUAUGGACCAGAGGCAACAUAGAUGUGUUCGAGGAGGUUCUCUCUCCAUGCUGCCACUCAUCCUAAUGGCUGACAUUUUACUGGUGCUUUCUGGGCUACAUACCGACAUCAUCUUACUGAAUCCUCAUCCGGGUGCCAGGAUCCAAUUACCAGAAUAAAAAAUGCUACAAUGGACUGUCUGUAAAGCUCCACCUGCUCAUCCUGACUUUGUUUUCUUUUUUCUGCCGUUUCUUAAGCAAGUUAAAAUUUUUAAAAGGAUGUCCCUGAAGUAUGACAACAGUUUGGCCAAGAUAAAUUCUCAACUGCACUUCCAGUUCUAGAAGUUAGAAUCACAGAAAGGCAAGGGAAGCAGCUCCGUGAGUUGGGGAAAGCCUUGGAGUGGAGGCAGUUAAGUGGCACAGUGGAUAGAAAGCCAGGGGAGACCCAGGUUCAAAUCUGGCCUCAGAUACUUCCUAGCUGUGUGACCUUGGGCAAUUCACUUAACCUCAAUGGUCUAACCUUUGCUGUUCUUCUGUCUUUGAAAUGAUACCGAGACAGAAAGAAAGGGGUUAAGAAAAAGAAAAGGAAAAAAUAAGACCUGGUUUCAGGGAAGUCCUUAAGCCCCAAUAUCCCAGAUGCUUUAAGGUAACAAGUGUUCUCAUGGAAAAGUCACCAUUUCUUUGAGCUUUGUUUCUUCAUUUGUACAAAGGCAGCAGUGCUGUGAUACUUAUUUUAUUUUAUUAUGUCAUAUGUUUUAUAGGUCAAAUAAGAGCAUAUAUAAUGGGUUUCAAGAACCAUAUACUGCUAUAGCAAUGUCAGCUUCUAGAGGGUUCAUAGACUGAGAAGUUAUCAGUUCCAACUUCUUUAUUCUCCUGACAAGAAAAAUAAAAGCCCUAUGAGGCUAAGGUCCCACAGGUGUCCUUUGGCAAAGCCAAGAUUUGAACCUGGACCCCAUGACUUUAAAUCUAGCACUAUGCUAGCUGAAGGGGACUAAGCUUAGGAUAAAGGCUGUUACAUGUUCAAUUAAAAAAGAAAUAUGUUCUACUGGCCAACAGCAUUUUAACAUAUGGGUUCAUUCCCUUUUCCACAAUAGCUUCCUAUCUUCCCAUUACAUGGCGGGGGGGGGGGGGGGUGACAAUCGUAAUUUGCACUUGCACAGCUCCAUAUUCUUCAUUUCCAUCAGGUACAUAAUAGUACAAUUCUCACCUACUCUUUAAAGAUAAGGCUCUAUUACAGAAAAUGACUUUCCCAAGGUCUGACAACCGAGAGGUGGAAAAGCCAGACUAUGAUGGCAGGUAAAUGGUUUCUCCUCUGUAACCCCACUGCCUCUCACAUGGAGAUGAAACCUUAAGUGUUUUAUUGUGACUUGUUUCCUAUUCCCUUGACAGAAGAGUGCAGUGCAAUAUAAUCUGGAGAAGGGCAAACUCAAGAGGCAUGAGAAUUGCCUUCAAGUAUCUGAGAGCCUGUCAUGUGGAACAAGGAUUCAACUUACUCUACUUGGCCCCAGUGGCAGAUCUAGGAACAAGAAGUGGAUGUUUCAGAGAAGCGGAUUUAAGCUUGAGGUCAGAAGAAAGUUCCAAGCUGGCCAAAAGUGGAAUGGGCUACCUGGGAGGUAGCAGGUUCCCCCUUCUCUUGAGAUCAUCCGAGAGAAAAGGGAAUUUAUUUUUUCAGGCAUGCACUAAACUAGAUGGUUCUCCAAGAUCUCUUCCAAUUCUGAAGCUACAAUCCUCAAAAUUCGACCUUGAAAGGGUCAUGGCCCACACCCUUCAUUUUACAGGGGCCUAAAGAGACAAGGGAAGUAGCUUUCCUAAAGUUAGAAAGUGAGCUAGUGAUAGGGUCAAAGUGCCUGAUUUCUAUCCCAAUUCUCUUUCCAGAAUCAUCCCCUUAAUAUGGAAGAAAAAACCAAAACAUUUUAAUAAGCUUAAAAAUAACUUAAAAGUAGUGCAAUAGAGUAAGUGGAAUGCAAAUUGAAAGAACUAUGAGGUUUCACUUCACACCUUGCAAAAUGGCAAUGGUGACAGAAGGCAGGAAGAGAGGUACGCUAAUACAUUGUUGAUGGAGCUGUAAAUCAAUACAAUAAUUUCAGGAAACAAGUUUGGAAUUAUGCAAAUAGUGACUAAAAUAUCCAUACCCUUUGAUCCACAUUCCUUUGCUAGAUUUUUCUUCUAGUGAAGACAUCAAUCUAAGAAGAAAGUCCCUUUAAACACCAAAAUAUUUAUAGCAACACUUUUUAUAAGAAUUAAAAACAAUAUAUAUGCCCAUUGAUUGGAGAAUGACUAAACAAAUUGUGGCACAUGCAUGUUAUGGAAUAUGACUGCUAUGAGAAAUGAUGAAUGUGAUUACAAAGAAACAUGGAAAGACUUCAUGAACUAAUGCAGAAUGGAGUUAAGUAGAGACAAGAAAACAAUAUACAAAAUGAUUACAAUAAUAUAAUGAAUGUUGCAGAAUUACAAAGAAUAAGCAUAACUCAAAGAACAGAUAUGAAAAGAUGCUCCUGAUUAGCCCGCCUAUUUGCAAAUAGGGGAGGUCUACAUUGCACAUAUUUUCAGGGUUUUUUUUUCAUUGUAUUGAUUAAUUAUGCUGAACUUUUUUCCUCUUUUAUUUUCUUUUUAAAAUGCUAUUUGGGGGGGCAGUUAGAUGGCUCAGUGGAUUGAGGGCCAGGCCCAGAGAUGGGAGGUCUUGAGUUCAAAUCAGGCCUCAGAGAUUUCCUAGCAGUAAGGCCCUGGGCCUUACUUAACCCCCAUUACCGCUCUUCUGUCUUGGAACCAAUGCACAAGUUUUGAUUCUAAGACGGAAGGUACGUUUUGGGAGUUUUUUUUAAAUGCUAUUUGUUAUAUGGGAAAACUGUCUUUGUGAGUGGAUGGGGCUUCAGGGGGAGGUUUCUAGGAAUUAUAAUGAUGUAAAAAAGGUACUAAUAAAAACUUAUUUUUUAAAAAAUCAAAGCAAUGGAACUGGAUUUCCUUAGAGACCAUGGGACCUUCUGGCAUUUUCCUCAUGAUUAAGAUCCCAGUGGGUCCUCAAAGAGGACAAGGUAGUGCAAGAGAGUAGAAUGCACCUCUUGCUCUUAAACUACCCAAAUGCCCAGAGAAAUUUCCCACAAAAUGAAAAACACCACAUUUGAGUAUCAUAGAAAAGUUGCAAUGCCACCAUUGAUCCUUAGUAGCAGAAAGGUCCUUAAGUCAGUUGGUCUAAUCUCUUGUGUGCUGGAUGGAGACAGUGACCUCAGAUUGUGGCAGAGGCUGGCACUGGAGAAAAAGUGCCAGGCUGAAGAGUGUGUGAAAUUGAUCGCCUCGCAGGGGAGGGGCCCCAGGAGUGAAAUCCAAGGGAGGAGCAGCCUCUGGCGGAGAGAGCAGUGAGGCUCUCAGUCGGGAAAGGUGGAUAAAGACUUUCUCCUGAGAGUUAGCCACUUUUUCCUGCUGCUGACUGGAAAUCCUUCCCCCCAACACUUCCCAAUUGAAGGACUUUCUGAAGAGAAACCUGAGCAGACUUUACCUCAGCUCCUGUUGCCCAGGGGUGAGUCAACCUGACUUUCUCUUGGGGGGCUCAGGCUGCCAAGGCCCGAGUUCCCCCCAGACUCGAGGAGGGAGGAAAAGGUUUAGACAGAGACAGGGACCCCCUUUCCCCACUUUUCUUUUCCCAUUCUUCCCUGCCCAUUGUUCCUUUUGUAUUACUUGAUUGAGUUAACAUUAAAGUUAUCUGUUCCCCAAGCUGAGUGUGAGUGAACGGAUCAAGGGGAGACCCUUCGGUCUCGAGUCGUGGAGGGGGGACAAGAGCAAAUUGGGGAGAGCAGCUUUAGCUGAGGAGGGAAGGCAGAAGGGGGGAAAUCUUUAAACCCCCUCUCCUCUCUCUGAUCCAACCCAUUACAGCUACUGUCUCCCCUGAACCCCACUUUGAGAAGGGGGUUCUCUCUUUUCCCCUCUCCAUACCAAAAGUCCAAGCCUCCCUCGGGGUACAAAACUUCCCUCCCUUUUUAAAAAAAAUUUUUAAGACAAGACUCAAAUGGUAUGUCGACUUGAAGUAUGCAGCCAUUUCUAUUUGCCAUCAUGCUAAGUUUUUGUCUCUUCACUGAGGAUCCUCAAAUCAAUUCCAUAUUUCAUCUGAGCCAAGGACCAAAGGGCUUCGUGGAAUGCCUUCAAGCAUGAUGGGGUACAAGCAGCCCUAUGGAUUUAAGAUCCCUGCUUCAUGGUGUCCCAGAUGGUCAUCUCUUCUCUCCUUGCACACUACCAGUAAGAAAGGGUGCCACUUAGAAAAAUGAAGCCAUCAUGCUCAUAAAAGACACACGAUAUCACACCAAUGCAAGAAAGAUGCAUCUCAAACCAGUCUCAUGUUGCAGUUAAAACCAGCAAGUAAUAGCAUUAGUAUUUGAUGAGACCAAACAGCAACAUUAGCUUGUUUAGAAAAAAAAGAAAA